AAAAAAAAAAAAAAAAAAAAGCAAGUUGGGUUUCGUCCGGGAAAAUUCAAAAUUGACAAACCAAAUAGAGUACAAAAUCGAAACUGGCUGAAAACUGUUGCUUUUCAUCGGCUACUGAUUUCGCAGUUUUCCAAGUUGAGGAAACGAUUGAAUUUCUAGAACAAAGUUUCAUGACAUGGAUUCCGCCCUCCACGACUUCGAAAGGAGCAAUGUUGAACCAUCUAUUACAGCCGCUCCUCCGUCCGCCGUCGUCCCAAAUGGUGGCGUUCUACGCCCCCAUUUUCCAGUUAUUGACUGCCCAAAACUUCCUCAAGUUGGGCCAACAAGUACACGCUCACAUGGCCCUCCGUGGCGUCAACCCCAAUGCAUUUCUGGCUUCGAAAAUGGUUGCCAUGUACGGUAGCUCCGGCGACAUCACCUCCGCUUUCCGGUUAUUCAAAACCGUCACUCGGCCGUCGACGUUGUUGUUUAAUGCAAUCAUUCGAGCGUUUACCUUAUACGGGGAGUAUUAUAAUACCAUUGGGGUGUAUUUUCAGAUGCAUUCUCUGGGUCUGCGUGGCGAUUAUUUCACGUUUCCGUUUGUGUUAAAAUCUUGUGCGGACUUAUCGUAUAUGGAGUUGGGGAAGUCUGUUCACGGGCUGAGUUUGAGGACCGGACUGGAUUUUGAUAUCUAUGUAGGAACUUCUUUGAUCGAUAUGUAUGUGAAGUGUGGUAACUUGGUGGAUGCUCGCAAGCUGUUCGAUGAAAUGCCCAUUCGGGACGUAUCGUCCUGGAAUGCGUUGAUUGCUGGGUACAUGAAAGUUGGGUUGGUGAAAUAUGCUGAAGACCUGUUUGGGAAAAUGAGAGAUAGGACUAUUGUGUCUUGGACCUCUAUGAUUUCAGGUUACACUCAGAAUGGAUUGGCAGACAGAGCGUUGAGAUUGUUUGACGAGAUGACGAGUGAAAAUGCCGAGGUCCAGCCCAAUUGGGUGACAAUUAUGAGUGUAUUACCUGCUUGUGCACAUUCAGCUGCACUCGAGCGCGGCAGACGGAUUCAUAACUAUGCUCUGGAAAAGGGCUUAUAUUCCCAUGCUUCAGUACAGAUGGCUCUUAUUGCCAUGUACUCUAAGUGUGGCAGCUUGGCUAACGCUCGUCUAUGUUUCGACAGAAUGAGCCCAAACAACAGGAAUUUAAGUGCGUGGAACACAAUGAUCACUGCGUAUUCAUCUCAUGGACGCGCCAAUGAGGCUAUCACCACAUUUGAGCUUAUGAUCCAAUCAGGUAUUCGACCUGAUGUGAUUACAUUUACUGGACUGCUGUCAGCGUGCAGCCAUUCUGGCUUUGUGGAUGCUGGUUUGAGUUACUUCUAUUCUAUGAGAACAAGUUAUUUUGUUGAACCAACACAUGAUCAUUAUGCUUGUGUCGUAGACCUUCUUGGUCGUGCCGGAAGAUUAGUAGAAGCUUAUAAUCUUGUUACUCAAAUGCCUAUGCUAGCUGGACCAAGUGUCUGGGGCUCCUUGCUUGCUGCCAGCCGGAAACACAGGAACCUGGAGAUUGCAGAGUUAGCAGCGAGAAAGUUGUUUGUCUUAGAACCUGGUAAUGCUGGCAAUUACGUCAUGCUGUCGAAUAUGUAUGCCGAGGCAGGGAUGUGGGAGGAAGUGAAGGAUUUAAGAAUUCAACUGAAAUCAGAAGGUGUGAAGAAGACUCCUGGCUGCAGUUGGACGGAAGUCAAUGGGAAAUCGCAUUUAUUUCGUGGUGGUGAUAGAUCUCAUCUCCAGGCGGAGCAAAUCUACUUGUUAUUGAAGGAAUUACCGGAGAGAAUUAAAGCAGCCGGUUAUAUGCCGGAUACUAGUUUUGCCUUGCACGAUGUCAGUGAAGAAGAGAAAGAACAGAGUCUAAAUGCACACAGUGAGAAGCUGGCUGUCGCGUUUGGCCUGCUUAAUACUAGCCCUGAUACAGUUAUACGUGUAACCAAAAAUCUACGAAUUUGUGGAGACUGCCACACAGCCAUGAAAUUCAUCUCUAAAAUAUAUGAGCGAGAAAUAAUUGUAAGGGACGUAAACCGGUUCCAUCAUUUUAAAAAUGGAUCCUGUUCCUGUGGUGAUUAUUGGUGAGCCAGAGUCGUUCCAGAUUUUGGAUUUCAGAUGGCAAAAGCUUAAUCCUUAUUACAUACACAGUGGAGGUGCAUUUGUUUAGAUUAGGUGUUUGGGGGAAGAGAUAAAGUAAGGUUUCGAUAUUCUUGAAAAAAUUUGAUCUCGUACAUUUGCCAUAUAUUUUUAUUGCAUUUGUGUAUAGAGCCAAGAACUUCGAACACAGGAGCCUGAAUAUAAAGCUGGUGAUUC